GUGUUCUUUGUGACCAGCGAUUUCGGUAAAUUGAUGCGGAGUGUGGUCGCUCCGAGCGGCUCAAUGCUUUUCCUUUGUCGCUCUCUGAAUCUCGCCGCCGUUGAAGGUCCGGCAGGCUCUGCUCUGCUACCAAUCGGGGCAUCCGUGUCCAACUUGACCUCUCUCUGCUCAUCUUCGAUCUCGCCAACCACCUGCACAGCUGCACCUCCCAAGCUUGUCUUAACCUUUCAGUGCACACCACCUGUUCGCUGAAAUGUUGCACACAAACCAAGGCUGUCAUUCCUUCCUUAAUGUAUCACACGCAGUCCUGCAUUGUUCGAUAUAAGCAGGCAAGUUGGCUCUCUGUCUCCGCAAAGAAGAUGGACUAAGAAAUGUCCUCUAUUGCCGAGGGUGAAUGGAGAACUGUUUGGCUAAAAGAGAUUGUCGAAUGGCAAGGCUUCAACUGUGUUGCCAACUGAGCUCCCAGGUUUGGUUACUAUCACUAUGCUGCCACAUGCCUAUAGCCUUCUCAUUGUCGGGAUUACAGCACUUCCCUGAGUGUUGCCCUCACCACUUUUCAACGCUCUCCACCUCAUCGGUAAUGAGCUGUCGCCCCCUGGUAUUUGCAUUCUCAUCUCUCUAUUAAGGAAUAAAGCAGAGCCCCUGCCCUUGUUUAAAAGGGAAUUUCAGUGCGCUUUUUUGUACUUUAUCUUCUGAUCUUCAGAGAAGCGAUGAGUUGAUUCACCAGCAUAUAGCCGAUGCGCUUUGCGUGCCACACGAGGAAAUGCAGGGUAUUGCUUACACCGUGGAGGGAAUCGUUAGACAGGCUCGUCACAUCACUGUUCCAGUGUAUCAGGCACUCAAGUUGGAUAAACUGGAGUCUAUUGUAAUGUUCAACCAGGGCCUGAAUGCAAUAGCAAGCUCCCGUCUGACAGGAUCAUAUCUUCCCGAGCAAAAAGUACACGGGAGAGACACAGAGACUGACCACAUCAUAGAGUUAAUGACAAAUGAGAUGUUUGAUGGCUUAAAAGUUCUGUCAAUAGUGGGUAAUGGAGGAUUGGGGAAGACAACUCUUGCUCAAGCUGUAUUCAAGGAUUCAAGAAUCCGAAGUCAUUUUGAAUUGCAGAUGUGGAUCUGUGUGUCUGAUAACUUCGACCCAGUGAGGAUCAUACACGAGAUGUUAGAUUAUUUCUCUGAAGACAGGCAUAAAGGGAUAACAAAUUUCAACAAGCUUCAAGAGAUACUGGAGGAGAAUUUGGAGUCGAAGAGGUUUCUACUCGUUCUAGAUGAUGUCUGGGAUAUUGCAGACAAGUGGCACAAACUGUUAGCUCCAUUGGACUGUAACCAAGCAGCUGGCAGCUUCAUUCUGGUAACAACACGGAAUCUAUCUGUUGCACAAGCAAUUGAUUCUGUUGACUUGAUUCGUUUGGAUGCCUUGAGAGAGAGUGAUUUCUGGUUGUUGUUUAAAUCAUAUGCAUGUGGUGAUGAGAAAUAUCAUAUGCAUCGAAGAUUAGAGGCUAUUGGUCGUGAAAUUGCUAAAAAGUUGAAAGGUUACCCAUUAGCAGCAAAAACUGUUGGUGCACUAUUGAGGAAGAAUCUUACUGCUCAGCAUUGGAACAGAGUUCUAAGAGAUGAGGAGUGGAAAUCCCUCCAGAACAGCAAUGGUAUUAUGCCUGCACUCAAGCUUAGUUAUGACCGUCUACCCUGCCAUCUACAAGAGUGUUUCUUCUAUUGUUCCUUAUUCCCAAAGGGUUAUAAAUUUGAUGAAGCAGAGUUGGUCCAAAUGUGGAUUUCGCAAGGCUUUGUGUGUACCAGAAAACCAAGCAAGAGAAUGGAGGAGACGGGAUCUGAAUAUCUUGCUGAUUUAGUCAAUUAUGGUUUUUUCCAAUAUGAAAGGAAUGUGAUGCAUUAUUCAGACACCACAAAUGGAUAUGAUGGAUACUAUGUGAUGCAUGAUCUUAUGCAUGAUUUGGCAUGUUUGGUUUCAGCAAAUGAAUGUGUCACAUUAGAUGUCUCUGAGCCCAAAGAAAUAUUACCAGGAACACGUCAUUUGUCGAUCAUAUGUUAUUCAUAUAGCUGUGACGAUCCAUUACUGGUUGAGAAGAUUGAGAAAAUACUGUACAAAGUAAGGUCAGUGAGAAAGUUGAGGACCCUGAUAUUAAUUGGGAUCUGCAAGGGUUGUUAUUUAAGAUUCUUCCAAAGCAUAUUUGGAGAAGCACAAAGAUUGCGUUUGGUGCUACUUAAAUACGUCAAUCACUGUCAUGAUGGAACAUGUGCUGACCUCAGUGCUUCUGUUUGUAACUUUUUGAAUCCCCACCAUCUUCGCUAUUUGAACCUGGGUGUCCCAAAUAUUGGAGCUAAGCCACAAGACAUGAGCAAAUAUUACAAUCUUGAAGUAUUAGGUAUUGGUGACAUGGUUGAUUCCUCAAAACUCUCUAAUCUUGUCAACUUGAGGCAUCUUAUUGCUGACGAGAAGGUGCACUCAGCAAUCGCUGGUGUAGGCAAAAUGACCUCUCUCCAGGAACUACAGAAUUUCAAGGUUCAAAAAACUGCUGGAUUUGACAUAGCACAGAUAAAAUUCAUGAAUGAGCUAGCCCUGCUUCGAAUUUCUCAGCUAGAGAAUGUUGAAUCUGGAAAGGAGGCUCGCCAGGCGAUGUUAAUAAACAAAACUCACCUCAAUACAUUAAGCUUGUCAUGGGGUGACAGUUGUAUUUUGAAUGGGCUUUCUGCCCAGGCAGCAGAUGUUCUCGAGGCUCUUCAGCCACAUCAAAACCUCAAACAUCUCCAGAUUAUUGGAUACAUGGGUUUAACGUCCCCAAGUUGGCUUGCCCGCAAUCCCACAGUUGACUCUCUGCAGACACUUCAUUUGCAGAACUGCAGGGAAUGGAUUUUAUUCCCAUCAAUGGAUAUGCUUUCUUCACUAAAGAAGCUGAAAUUGGUCAAGAUGCUGAAUGCAACAGAAGUCUGUAUUCCUUCGCUAGAGGUGCUGGUGUUAAAUCAAAUGCCUAAAUUGGAGAUAUGUACUAGUUUCUGUACAACUGAGUUGGCUUCUUCUUUAAGGGUGCUAGUGAUUAAGAGCUGCCACAGUCUGAAGGACCUCACUCUUUUUUGGGAUUAUCACAAUUUGGAAGUCGAGCAGAGUAUACGGUUUCCAUCCCUCAGCGAACUCACAGUCAUGGAUUGUCCCAGGUUGGUGUGGUCGUUUCCUCCCAACCGUGGUUAUCCUAACGAGGUAAAGGAGAUGGGAAGUUUUCCUAGCUUAUUCAAGCUCACCAUCUAUGACUGUCCUAAUGUAACGGUGGCAUGUCCUAUUGUUAAUAUCCCUUAUGUGAGCAUCAAGGGAUCUUCACAGGCUCUAGAGAUAUACAAAAGUGACGCCGAAUUAGAACUCUCUUCUGCUGAGUUGCAGAUGCUUGAUGACAAGAUCUUGGCAUUUUGUAAUCGGAAGCAUCGAACAAUACGCAUAAGGAACUGCCCCAGGCUGAUAUCAGUUUCAUUUGAAGCCUUCAGUCAAUUAACCUCACUGUCAGAAAUGAUAAUAGAAGACUGCCCCAAUUUUCUUCAAGAGCAUGUUAUGUCAGAUGCCGACAACGAGUGCGAUGCUGCCACAAAGCGCUUUGUACUCCCAUGUCUGGAUUGUCUCGAUAUUCGGAGAUGUGGUAUCUCCGGGAAGUGGAUAUCUCAGAUGUUGUCGCAUGCUCACUCCAUGUUUGGGUUGCAUUUGGCACACUGUCCAAAUGUGAAACUGUUGCUCAUCAUCUGUCCCCUGGAAGAGGAAGAAAGUUGGAGUUUAGCUUCAUCAUCAGGACUCCUAGAUGCUGCAGCAGUGACACCCGAAGAGUGUGUCUUCAAGUUUCCGACAGGGGUCUGUUCAUCUCUGAGGAGUUUACACAUUUCCAAUUGCCCAGACCUGCUUCUUGGCCAGAGACAUGGAGGCUUUGCAGCUUUCAAGUCCCUCCAGGUGCUAGAAAUCAGAAGGUGCCCCAGGCUGGUCUCAUCCAUCUUCCAGGAGCAAAACAGCCACCACCGCCUUCCACUAUCGCUCGAAGAACUUGAUAUCGACCAUCUGCCAGCUGAAGUCUUCCUCGGGGAUGACGAUAUGAGCUCCCUCAGGACAUUGGCAAUAUGGGACAGCCCAAAGCUCAAAUCCCUGCAGCUGCAUUCAUCUUGCGCCAUGUCUGAAGUUCCAACGAGUCGUGAGACGAAGUGGAAGAGUUCAUUGGGGUCUAACCAUGUGAGGGUGGGCAGGCAUCUUGAGAGAGUGGAACGAGAGGAAGAAGCAGGACUUCAGUCCCUCCAGGCGCUCACAUUUGGAAACUGCCCAAAUCUCCUGCAUGUUCCUGUAGACCUCCAUAGCCUACCCUGCCUUGAGGAUCUGACGAUCAUCGACUGUCCGGCGAUCUCAAGACUACCCGAAAAGGGCCUCCCGGCUUCACUACAGCUCCUGUGGAUAUACAAAUGCAGCGAGCAGCUGAAUGAGCAGUGCAGAAUGGCUGUGACAGAGAAGCUUGAGGUCGACAUCGACGGAAACUAUGUGAAUCGGCUCCAGACUUAGUGUACAACAAGGCAAUAGGCAAGCAAGGCUUGGGACAUAGGAGGAUUAUUGAUGUGGCUAUUUGUCUUCACAAGAUCAACCGGAGUUUUUUUGGGGCAUGAUUCGCCUGUAGCCCUGUACCUAACCCCUCUUCUUCCCUUGAUGGAAAGCCUAAAGCAUUUUGUGUCUGUUUUGGCAGGUUCUUAAUGUGCUUAUUUCAUGCUUCUGUAACAGUGGACAUGUUCGUAUCGUUGGCAAAUUAUAGUGUUGCAAGUGGUUCAAAUUUGAAUUACCACUGUACAUGAAACUGAACCACCUAUGCUCAUAUUGCCAUCGCAAAGCAUGUGCAAGCGUGCUAAUAUUUCUUUGUCC